GUGACCAUUUUCCUGGCUCGCGGUUGUGGCACAAAUCGUGAUUUUCGAGGCUCUUUCUCUAUGGAUUAUAACGGGGAAAAACGGACAAAGACGCAUAUUUACGAAUCUUAAAAAUUGGAUGUGUUAAAUUGUUUUGUUCUGGGUGUUCUUUCGGCAAUUGAGGAGCCGCUUUCAUAUGAGCUGCCGUUUAGUUUUUACUACGGGGUUUGUUUACCACAUUUCAACUUGGUUGAGCCGUCGGAGAUGAGUGGUCCCGAGGUAGUGAAGACGCCGGGGGGUGGGGCUCCGGGGAAGGAAGGCAAGGAGCCUGUAGCAAAUGGGCAUCCAGGAGAGGGCGAUCAGGGAGGAGACGAUCCCUUUGCUGAGUACAUGUGGAUGGAGAAUGAGGAUGUUUACAACAGACAGGUUGAAGAGGAGUUGUUGGAGCAGGAGUUCUUGGAGCGUUGUUUCCAGGAAAUGUUGGAUGAGGAGGACCAGGAUUGGUUCAUCCCGGCCAGGGACCUCCCCUCGGGGGUGGGUCAGAUCCAGCAGCAGCUUAACGGCCUGUCAGUCAGCGACGGAGGAAACGCAGAGGAGAUGGCGAGGAAGAGCAACUUGAACCCCGAUGCGAAGGAGUUCGUUCCAGGAGUGAAAUACUAGGAGUCCCCCUCACCCCCAGGGAGCGCCCACGCGCACACACAAGCACGAUCUCACACACCCUCGCAGAGACUCUGGCGGCCUCGACCGGAACACACACACACACACACAGAACAACACACACAGGUCCAGGGCGUGUAGAUAGAAACCCAUAGGAGGGUGGGGGGGACUUUUAUUUAGAUUUUCUGUUUGUUUGAUGGUUAACUAAGGGACAGGGUGGGGGGUGUCAGUAUGAAUAAGUCCCUAUAGAGGAAGCUGCUGCUCCAUGUACACUGUAAAGGUAGUGUCUCAAAUUGCACGCUAUUCCCUAUGUAGUGCACUACUUUUGACCAGGGCCCAUGUGCUUGAGUCCAUAGGGAACAGGGUACCUUUUCGGACGCACAUCGAGACGUACAUAUACAGAGAAACUCUGAGAUUUUCCGACCUUUUUCAUGGUUGCCAUGUUGGCACCUAAAAGCUCCAUGAUAUUGCAACAGGCAAAUCGCAAAUGACACCCCGUUCCACCUUCAUUGUGCACUACAUAGGGAAUAGGGUGCCAUUUUGAGAUUUGCAUUUAUACUUUUCAUGGCUGCCAUGUUUGUGCCGGAAUGUUCCACAACAUUACCAUUCUAAUUGGAAUCCAACUAAGAAUGUUCUUGUUGCUAUAGAAUGACCCUGUGCCAACAUGGAUGACAGACAGUUGUCCGUUCUAGAACUCUGUACAUCUACGUACCUCUGGUUACAACAUGACAUCAUAAUGACUCUGUUCAAUAGGUCGUUAUCUAUAAAACGUCACAAUACGGUGCAGAGGUUUUGAAUUUUCUGCUGAGGGGGCAAGGAGACUCCUAGAUCCACUAAAACCGUUGACAACUGCGUGCCGUUUUUCAAGGGAUUGUUAAAUAAAUGUUAACUAUUUGGUUGUAAUAUCAUCUCCUCUCGAAGCCCAGAGUCAAAAAUACAAACGUCAGAUUAUUCCACAUUUGUCUCUAUCAUCAGUUAUAAAGUAACUGCAUGCUUUCCAUGAUCAGUAAACAUCAAUUGCUCAUGGGAUUUCAGAUACGAGGGUAGCCUCAUGAUAAAUCUCAAUAUUGACCACCAUUUGAUUGGAUAUUUGAGUGGUAGAAAGGAGAGCUAUACCUGACAAGUAUGAGUGGUUUAGGUUAAUUUCGCAUCAGUUGUGGUCUCUGCCUGUCAAGCAGCAGAAGGGCGCAUUUGCAGUUGUACUGUUAGCUGAUAAUGUUUACUUCGCUAGCUACUGGUAGAAACGUUGUACAUUUGGCUAAACAUAUAGUGGUAAGUAGACCUAACGUACUUUUUUCUCUCCAACCAACGUAGGCAUAGCUAGCAACGUUAGCUAACAUUAUCCCCUUUACAACAUUGUUUCUAAGAAUGUUUUGAUCCCUAUUGCUGCUGACAGACGUGAUAGAGAAUACAUUGAUUGAUGUAUCGCGUCAGUGGCUAGCUAACGGCAGAUUGCGUCGGUGCGGCUAACGGCAGAUUUCGUCGGUGCGGCUAGCUAACGGCAGAUUGCGUCGGUGCGGCUAGCUAACGGCAGAUUGCGUCGAUGCGGCUAGCUAACGGCAGAUUGCGUCGGUGCGGCUAGCUAACGGCAGAUUGCGUCGGUGCGGCUAGCUAACGGCAGAUUGCGUCGGUGCGGCUUGCUAACGGCAGAUUGCGUCGGUGCGGCUAGCUAACGGCAGAUUGCGUCGGUGCGGCUAGCUAACGGCAGAUUGCGUCGGUGCGGCUAGCUAACGGCAGAUUGCGUCGGUGCGGCUAGCUAACGGCAGAUUGCGUCGGUGCGGCUAGCUAACGGCAGAUUGCGUCGGUGCGGCUAGCUAACGGCAGAUUGCGUCGGUGCGGCUAGCUAACGGCAGAUUGCGUCGAUGCGGCUAGCUAACGGCAGAUUGCGUCGAUGCGGCUAGCUAACGGCAGAUUUCGUCGGUGCGGCUAGCUAACGGCAGAUUGCGUCGGUGCGGCUAGCUAACGGCAGAUUGCGUCGGUGCGGCUAGCUAACGGCAGAUUGCGUCGGUGCGGCUAGCUAACGGCAGAUUGCGUCGGUGCGGCUAGCUAACGGCAGAUUGCGUCGGUGCGGCUAGCUAACGGCAGAUUGCGUCGGUGCGGCUAGCUAACGGCAGAUUGCGUCGGUGCGGCUAGCUAACGGCAGAUUGCGUCGGUGCGGCUAGCUAACUUUCAGGGGAUAAACUAAACUAGAUGGCUAUAUCCAGAUAUUGUUUGAUUUGCUUGUCCUCUAGUGGUGGUGACCGUAGUUCAAUUUACCAAGAUGAGGACUUGUUUAUGUCAAGCUCUUUCCACAAGCCUAAUCUCUGAUGAAGCAAGCUAAAUUAUGUUGUCUGGAAGUCUAUUUUGCUACAUGCCAAAUUAAUAGGCUACUCUUACGUAUCUAAAAAUACAUGAUCAAUUGAUGUUUAUUGAUCAUGAAAGGAUGCAGUUACUUGCUGUAUAACUCUUGACUGUGCUCUUCAAGAGUUGAUAAACAAUCCCUAAAUUGGCACAUGGUUUUGGCGGAGCUCGGGGUCUCCUUGCCCCCCCCUAGCAGCCGACUCGAACACUGCACUGUAUUGUGACGUUUUUAUUGAUACCCACCUACAGACCUGCCUAAAUGUCCUCUUAUUACAUCAUAAACACUCUCUGUGUUUCUCAUGGGCCUGGUUCCAAACCAGUUACUCCUCUCCCCUAACCCCUUGUGGGUGAAAAGAUUGAGGUUCUAUCCCCCAUAUCAGAAAGGUAGGGCUGUAUGGGGAGCAUUUGAGUUGUCACCCUUUUGAUGGUUCUAAGUGAACAAGGGUGUAGGGGUUAGGGUAUUUAGUGUUUGGAACAAGGCUGUUCUCUCUGGCUUGCAUCUCAAAUGGCACCCUGUUCCCCGUACAGUGUUCUACUUUUACCCAGAACCCUACGGGCUCAGGUCAAAAGUAGUGCACUAAAUAAGGAAUAGGGUUCAGUUUGGGAUGCGACCUCUCAGUACUGAAAGAAUGGAAGCAUCAUGUAUAACUCUGUUGGUUCAAUCGUGUUUAUAUAAACACCUGAUCAGGCUCUGUUUUAAAAUUUAAAUCUCAUUUUGUCUUUCGAGGAGCAAAGUUGUUUUGUCUCUCUUGGGUUGCCGUAGCCUGUGGUCAAAACGGGAAUUGGAAAUGAAUUCCAAAUGGCACCCAUAUUCCCUCAUAGUGCCCUACUUUUGAUCAGGGCCCAUGGGGCUCCCAGUGGUAGUGCACUACAUGGGCAAUAGGGUGCCGUUUUGGGGUUCAUACUAGUUUGUCUAGCUCAGUGUCUAGGGGAGGUUCUAAUGAAUGGGCGGGACUUGAGGUCAGGUUGACUAAUCACAGGCCAAGUGCACGCUGGGUCAACCAAUAAGAAUUGUCCGCCGAGUGGAUUUACAUAAAUCAUUUUUUUUGUUGUGAUUUGAGUUGGAAAGUCCUGACAACACAAAGUAUGAAUUUCAAUAAAAAAAAAAAAGAUUAAUAAAGAUGAAAAACUGCA